AUGGCGGAAACGGCCGAGCGAAAGGCGGAAGGAAACGAUCGUCUGUCGCUCGGCACUCGGCUGGUCGCGCCUGGCGGCCCGUUGUGCAGUGUCACGCCAUGAAGCAGGACGGCGCGUCCCGCCGCCGCGGCGACAAGGCCAAGGCACCCCCGGAGGGACCCCCGCCCGCCCCCCCGGACGUCGAGAUGCACGAGGAGGCGGCGCCGGUGGCCCCCGAGGCGGCCGGAGAGCGGCAGCCGCAGCGGGAGCUGGACGCGAUCACGCUGGAGGACAUCAAGGAGCACGUGAAGCAGCUGGAGAAGGCGGUGUCGGGGAAGGAGCCGCGCUACGUGCUGCGGGCGCUGCGGGCUCUGCCCUCCACCUCCCGCCGCCUCAACCCCAACGUGCUGCACAAGGCCAUCCACGGCUUCUUCACCUCCAACUGCACUGUCAGGGACUUCCUGCUCGGAUUCCUGGAGGAGUCCAUGGACACAGAAGCUGAGCUGCAGUUCCGCCCACGGACAGGGAAAGCAGCCUCAGCCCCUCUCCUGCCAGAGGUGGAGGCCUACCUGCAGCUGCUGCUCGUUAUCUACCUGAUGAACAGCAAGAGGUACCCUGAGGCUCAGAAAGUGUCCGAUGACCUGAUGCAGAAGAUCAGCUCCCAGAACCGCCGGGCCCUGGACCUGGUGGUGGCCAAGUGUUACUAUUACCACUCCCGCAUCUACGAAUUCCUGAACAAACUCGAUGUGGUCCGGAGCUUCCUGCACGCCCGGCUCCGCACGGCCACGCUGCGCCACGACGCCGACGGCCAGGCCACGCUCCUGAACCUGCUCCUGAGGAAUUACCUCCACUACAACCUCUACGACCAGGCUGAAAAGCUCGUCUCCAAGUCCGUGUUCCCCGAGCAGGCCAACAACAACGAGUGGGCUCGCUACCUGUACUACACAGGGCGGAUCAAGGCCAUCCAGCUGGAGUACUCGGAGGCGCGGCGCACCAUGACCAACGCCCUGCGCAAGGCCCCGCAGCACACAGCCGUGGGCUUCAAGCAGACGGUGCACAAGCUGCUCAUCGUGGUGGAGCUGCUCCUCGGGGAGAUCCCGGACAGGCUCCAGUUCCGGCAGCCCUCGCUCAAGCGCUCGCUCAUGCCCUACUUCCUGCUGACCCAGGCCGUCAGGACGGGGAACCUGGCCAAGUUCAACCAAGUCCUUGACCAGUUUGGGGACAAGUUCCAGGCCGAUGGCACCUACACUUUGAUCAUUCGGCUGAGGCACAACGUCAUCAAGACAGGUGUCCGCAUGAUCAGCCUCUCCUACUCCCGCAUCUCCCUGGCCGACAUUGCCCAGAAGCUGCAGCUGGACAGCCCCGAGGACGCCGAGUUCAUCGUUGCCAAGGCCAUCCGGGACGGCGUCAUCGAGGCCAGCAUCAACCACGAGAAGGGCUACGUGCAGUCCAAGGAGAUGAUUGACAUCUACUCCACACGGGAGCCCCAGCUGGCCUUCCACCAGCGCAUCUCCUUCUGCCUCGACAUCCACAACAUGUCUGUGAAGGCCAUGAGGUUCCCCCCCAAAUCUUACAAUAAGGACUUGGAAUCUGCAGAGGAGCGCCGGGAGCGUGAGCAGCAGGACCUGGAGUUUGCCAAGGAGAUGGCAGAGGACGAUGACGAUGGCUUUCCGUGACCCUGGGCCCUGGCUGUACUUUUUUAUUUGUCCCUUGGACAGAUGGUGGCUGUGCAGGGCCCUCCGUCCCCCCCCAGACCCCCUUUUAUAAAUCCCUGCAUGUCUGUACUGUGGGAGGGGACAUGGGGGGUUCCCUGGGCCCACACCCCCUGACCACCUGCACUCGUGGUGGGACCCCCCUCCCCAAUAAACAUCCUUAAAAGGAUCCCUGUGGUGACAUCAGAGCCUGUGCCAGGGGCCUGCGAGGGGAGUGGGGCUGGAGGGAGCAGGAGUGGGGUCUCCACUGGUGCCCCCCCAGCUCCCAUGACAACAACGGGGUCAAACUUUGUUAAACUUCAAUUAUGACUUUUAAAAUAAAAGAUGGAAAAACACCA